CCUCCGCCGCCUCUGCCGCCCUCGUCCCGCAGGCACGGAUCCCUUGCACAGCAGCCUCGCUCCGACCCCUGGUCUCGGCGUCCCUGUGUCUCAGCGUCCCGGCUCCCGCAAGAUGACGCUCAAGGCGAGCGGGGGCGAGGGCGGGGGCAGCAUGCGCACCGCGCUCUCCGACCUCUACCUGGAGCACUUGCUGCAGAAGCGCAGCCGGCCCGAGGCCGUGAAGCACCAGUUGAAUGCCGUGACCGAGGACAUGUAUACCGAUGGGCCUGCUGCCCCGGGUAGCCCUACCCAGGCUAAGGGGCAGGAGAUGCGGAAGGUGCGACUCAUCCAGUUCGAGAAGGUCACCGAGGAGCCUAUGGGAAUCACACUGAAGCUGAACGAAAAGCAGUCCUGUACGGUGGCGAGGAUUCUUCAUGGCGGCAUGAUUCACAGACAAGGUUCCCUUCACGUGGGGGAUGAGAUCCUAGAAAUCAAUGGUACAAACGUGACCAAUCACUCGGUAGAUCAGCUGCAGAAGGCAAUGAAAGAAACCAAAGGAAUCAUCUCAUUAAAAGUAAUUCCCAACCAGCAAAACCGUCUUCCUGCAUUACAGAUGUUCAUGCGAGCGCAGUUCGACUACGACCCCAAAAAGGACAACCUGAUUCCUUGCAAGGAGGCGGGACUGAAGUUUGCUACUGGGGACAUCAUCCAGAUCAUCAACAAGGACGACAGUAACUGGUGGCAAGGGCGCGUGGAAGGCUCUUCCAAGGAGUCAGCAGGCCUGAUCCCGUCUCCUGAGCUGCAGGAAUGGAGGGUGGCGAGUAUGGCUCAGUCUGCUCCCAGUGAAGCCCCGAGCUGCAGCCCCUUCGGGAAGAAGAAGAAGUACAAAGACAAGUACCUGGCCAAGCACAGCGCAAUUUUUGACCAGUUGGAUGUCAUCUCCUACGAGGAAGUGGUUCGGCUCCCUGCGUUCAAAAGGAAGACCCUGGUGCUGAUCGGAGCCAGUGGCGUAGGUCGCAGCCAUAUUAAGAACGCCCUGCUCAGCCAGAACCCGGAGAAGUUUGAGUACCCAGCCCCGUAUACCACACGGCCGCCCAAGAAGAACGAGGAGGACGGAAAGGAGUACCACUUCAUCUCCACGGAGGAGAUGAGCAGGAGCAUCUCUGCCAACGAGUUCUUGGAGUUUGGCAGCUACCAGGGCAACAUGUUCGGCACCAAGUUUGAAACGGUGCACCGGAUCCACGAGCAGAACAAGAUCGCCAUUCUGGACAUCGAGCCGCAGACUCUCAAGAUUGUCCGGACAGCAGAACUGUCACCUUUCAUUGUGUUUAUCGCACCCACUGACCAGGGCACUCAGACGGAAGCCCUGCAGCAGCUGCAGAAGGACUCGGAGGCCAUCCGCAGCCAGUAUGCUCACUACUUUGACCUCUCCCUGGUCAACAAUGGCGUGGAUGAAAUCCUUAAGAAACUGCAAGAAGCCUUCGACCAAGCGUGCCGAUCUCCACAGUGGGUGCCCGUCUCCUGGGUUUACUAAGCUUGUAGAAAUGGGGCUCCCGUAUACUCUGCUCAGUAUCUGGAACUCCACUCCCCUCGCUUUAAGACAAACAGGGUCGCUCCAGCUAGUGUUGUGUCCGCUUCCAGCUCUAUGCAACUCUCCUAAUUAGGCCAGUGGGUGGCAGUCUUACUCCCAACUCUUCAAGGGCUCGGCUCCGGUUUUCCUGCUGCAUGGGGGCCCCACUGAUUUUUCCAAAGAAAUCUCUGGAAAUUGGGGCAGAAGCACGACCCAAAUGCAAAUGCUAAUCCAAGACGGUGCUCACGGCGAGAAAAAGCCUGGCCCCUGGCCCUCCGAAGCCUGCGCUCCUCCACCUGUAAUCAGUCUUUCCUCUGAAGAAAGCCUUUUUUUUACUGCCUUUCUAAAACGCCAAAAUGCAACAGCUGUGCAAUAGGAUGUCUGCUCUAGGAAAACCCUCAAAAAAGCAAUAAAGAGAUUACUGUGAAAAUGCC